GCAGUACUGAAAUGUUAGCUCUAUCUCUAUUCAAGUUUACAACAGGCAUUAUUUUUAGUUCAGAGGGAGAGGUUACUGAACAGUCCCAGGUCUGCGAAAUACCCCACGCCAUAUUUUGUUCAAAAUGGCUAUGAAAAGAAUUCAAAAGGAACUUCAAGACCUCGGUCGAGAUCCACCCUCCAACUGUUCAGCUGGACCUGUGGGAGAUGACAUGUUUCAAUGGCAAGCAACAAUAUUAGGGCCUGCUGAUAGUCCAUAUCAAGGAGGUGUGUUUUUCCUCACAAUAACAUUUCCAUCAGAUUAUCCCUUCAAGCCCCCAAAAGUUGCUUUCUCAACAAAAAUCUACCACCCAAAUAUAAACAGUAAUGGCAGCAUCUGUUUGGAUAUCCUUCGAAGCCAGUGGUCGCCUGCUUUGACUAUAUCAAAAGUGCUUUUGUCCAUUUGCUCCUUGUUAACAGACCCAAACCCGGAUGACCCCUUGGUUCCAGAUAUUGCGCGCACGUUCAAAACGAAUCGCAGCGAGUACAACAGGCUAGCCAAGGAAUGGACGACCAAGUACGCCGAGUGAUACAAAGCAGCAGCAUUCAUGAUGCUGCUGCUAGAAAACACCUCGAACCUGACCUUUAUCAAAUAAAAAAAAAAAAGAAGAAU